CACACACUCCAUGCUGCGCGCAUCUCAGAAUAUCGUGCGCUUCUAUCUUUUAAAGCGUCUUCCAUAACCGACGACCCUACCAAUGCUCUCUCCUCCUGGAACNCNACCACCCCCUACUGUUCCUGGUUCGGUGUCACGUGCGACUCUCGCCGCCACGUCACCACCCUUAACCUCACUUCCUUGUCCCUCUCCGGCACACUCUACGAUGACCUCUCCCACCUCCCUUUCCUCUCNUAUCUCUCCCUCGCCGACAACCAGUUCUCCGGCCCAAUCCCCUCCUCCUUCUCCGCACUCUCCGCCCUCCGCCAUCUCAACCUCUCCAACAACGCCUUCAAUGCUACCUUCCCCUCCACCCUCGCCCGCCUCGCCAAUCUCCAAAUCCUUGACCUCUACAACAACAACAUGACUGGUCCCCUCCCCCUCGCCGUCGCCGCCAUGCCCCUCCUCCACCACCUUCACCUCGGCGGCAACUUUUUCUCCGGCCAGAUCCCUCCCGAGUAUGGCACCUGGCAGAACCUCCAGUACCUCGCCGUCUCCGGCAACGAGCUCACGGGAAACAUCCCUCCGGAGCUUGGAAACCUCACCGCGCUUCGCGAGCUCUACAUUGGCUACUACAACGCUUACUCCGGCGGCAUCCCGCCGGAGAUUGGAAACCUGUCUCAGCUUGUCCGUUUCGACGCCGCCUAUUGCGGACUCUCCGGCGAUAUUCCGGCUGACCUCGGAAGGCUUCAGAAUAUGGACACGCUCUUUCUUCAGGUGAAUGCGCUCUCCGGCUCGCUCACUCCUGAGCUGGGGAACUUGAAGAGUCUCAAGUCGAUGGAUCUGUCCAACAACGCUCUCUCCGGCGAGGUUCCGGCGAGCUUUGCGGAGCUCAAGAAUCUCACUCUGCUUAACCUCUUCCGGAACAAGCUCCACGGUGCGAUUCCAGAAUUUGUCGGAGAGCUACCGGCACUGGAGGUUUUGCAGCUAUGGGAGAACAACUUCACGGGAAGCAUUCCUCAGAGUUUGGGAAGAAAUGGAAGACUCACUGUCGUUGAUCUUUCUUCGAACAAGUUGACGGGAAUGCUUCCUCCUGAUAUGUGUUACGGGAAUCGUCUACAGACUCUGAUAACUCUCGGGAAUUAUCUGCUCGGUCCCAUUCCUGAUUCGCUUGGGAAGUGCGAGUCUCUGAAUAGGAUUCGAAUGGGGGAGAACUUUCUUAAUGGUUCUAUUCCUGUUGGUCUAUUUGGGCUUCCCAAACUCACCCAAGUAGAGCUUCAGAACAAUCUUCUCACUGGACAGUUUCCUGAGGGUGGUUCCGUUGCUAUUAAUCAGAUCAGUCUCUCUAAUAACAAGUUCUCUGGGCCUUUGCCACCCACCAUUGGAAACUUCACCAGCAUCCAGAAGCUUCUUCUCGACGGUAACAAGUUCUCGGGUCAAAUCCCUUCGCAGAUAGGCAGGCUGCAGCAGCUUUCCAAGAUUGAUUUUAGCCAUAAUCAGUUUUCGGGCCCCAUUGCUCCCGAGAUAAGCAGGUGCAAGCUUUUGACCUUCAUUGACCUCAGCCGCAAUGAGCUCUCUGGUGAGAUUCCAAAUCAAAUAACUGCCAUGCGGAUAUUGAAUUAUCUCAACCUUUCAAGAAACCAUUUAGUUGGCUCAAUUCCAGGCUCCAUAGCUUCUAUGCAAAGUUUAACAUCCGUUGAUUUUUCCUACAACAAUCUCUCUGGUUUGGUUCCUGGAACCGGGCAGUUCGGCUACUUUAACUAUACCUCUUUCCUAGGGAACACUGAACUCUGUGGACCUUAUUUGGGUCCUUGUAAAGACGGGGUUGCCAAUGGCCCUCGUCAACCUCAUGUUAAAGGUCCUCUCUCUUCUUCGUUGAAGCUUCUGUUAGUUAUAGGAUUGCUUGUGUGCUCCAUCGCAUUUGCUGUUGCGGCAAUAAUCAAAGCUCGGGCUUUGAAAAAGGCCAGUGAAGCUCGUGCGUGGAAAUUAACUGCGUUCCAGCGUUUGGACUUCACUGCUGAUGAUGUUCUGGACUGCUUGAAGGAGGACAACAUAAUAGGAAAAGGAGGUGCGGGCAUUGUUUACAAAGGUGCAAUGCCGAAUGGGGAUCAGGUUGCUGUGAAAAGGUUACCUGCCAUGAGCAGGGGAUCUUCACAUGAUCAUGGUUUCAAUGCCGAGAUUCAGACAUUGGGGAGGAUUCGACACAGGCACAUUGUUAGACUGUUGGGUUUCUGUUCAAACCACGAGACAAAUCUCUUGGUGUAUGAGUAUAUGCCUAACGGAAGUUUGGGUGAGGUUCUUCAUGGCAAGAAAGGUGGUCAUUUGCAUUGGGACACAAGGUAUAAGAUUGCUGUGGAGGCCGCGAAGGGCCUGUGCUAUCUACAUCAUGACUGCUCGCCACUCAUUGUCCAUCGAGAUGUUAAAUCCAACAAUAUCCUUCUUGAUUCUAACUUUGAAGCUCAUGUUGCGGACUUUGGGCUCGCUAAGUUCCUGCAAGAUUCUGGAACAUCUGAAUGCAUGUCUGCAAUUGCCGGUUCGUAUGGAUACAUAGCUCCAG